UUCCUACUGCACUUCACACAUAUCAAUGGCCUUGCAAACCAUUGGUAAUCUCUUUAUUUCCUUAUUUGCUACAUACUAGGGAUUUUUAUCAUACACACUUAUAAAACGCUUGAUUUAUACAAAAUAAAAACCAUGUUUUACACAAAUUCAAAGUAUAGGAUUAUACGGGCAUAGAGUCAAAGUCAGGGUGGGCAUUGACGGUUAUACAUACUUUACCAAUACAUGGUUUUACGAUCAUUGAUCGUUACAAAUACAAAGUCUUCAUGUAACUAGAGAAGAAAAUGAUUUUUAAAUUCGUUUUCUCAGUGCAUUUCAAAAAAACCGGUUAUCCAAAAGAUUUAUUACAAAUCUUUUACAAAUGAACUAUGAACUCGCUCAACUUUAUGUUGACUUUUUCGCAUGUUUCUUUCUCAGGUUGCUUUUCAAAGCCAAUGCACGGUUGGAAUAGGAGAACCAUUGGAGAUAAGAGGAAAAAGGGCAUUUUCAAGCGAGAAUGCACAAACCGCGAAGCAAGUGGAGCUCAAAAUCCAUUCGGCAACAAUGAUUAUUAUCGGAAAGCAAUUUAUCAUCAAGUUUCUCAACAGCCGUAUCAACAACAAUCGCCACAAACGUUACAUGCUAGGAUGGAAAUCGAAGAAUCAAAGAAAGCUUAUCUAGUUAAUCAAGAUGAUGAAAGAUCGUCAAAAGGAUUUAGCUGGGACAAAUAUAUUUCAACUGAUACUAAAGCAUGCCUGAUAAAUCAAGAUGAUGAAAGGCUUCCAAAAGGCUUCAGUUUUGAUGAUUUUGAUUCUAACAGAAUUUCAGAUCAUAAAGCUUUUGUUGCUCAAAUUGUUAAGGAUAGUGAUGAUGAUUAUUAUGAAAGAAAAAUGAAAGAGCACUUAAGAUUUCUAGCCGAAAGAGAUGAUUAUGAUGAUGCAAAUGUUCGAGUGACACAGAAGAAAGUUACAAAACAAGAUGAUAGUGAUGAUGAUACUUUGUAUUAUGCAAGGAGAAUGAAAGAAUAUGAAAAAUUACGAGCUGAGAAAGAUGAUAGUGAUAUGGAAAAUGCUCGAGUGAUGAAGAAGCAAGUUAAAAAACAAGAUGAUAGUGAUGAGGAAACUGUCCGAGUGAUAAAGAAACAGGUCAAAGAAAUUCCAGCUUUCAAGAUUGAAAUGGAAGCUGAUGCAGAAAAGAUGUCUGAGAAUUGUGAAAAUUGUGAAACUAUGAAAAAGCAAAACAACAUAUUGAUUCAUAACAUGAACAGACUGAAAGAAUCGUAUGAUGUUCUAAACAAUGCUAUGAAUCAAUACAAUGAGUCAAGCAGUGAACAAGCAACAGCUAUGAAAACACUAAAUGGAGCGUACAUGACAAAGCAAAAAGUCGUCAAUAAUUACAUUGAGAUAUGUGCUGAGCUUGAAUAGAAAUUGGAAACUCAGAGGAUAGAAACUGAGAGAGUAAACAGGUUAUUAAAAAGUUACUCAUGUCUUCUUAUGUGAUUGACAGGAUUUAUCCUAGAGUUGAAGGUAUGAAAGCGUUCGAAGAAGAGAAGUCUGAAGAAAAGAAUUCUGGUAAGAAACAAAGUGUCAAUUAUACAAAGUGUCCACCUCCACUUGAAAAUGGUGUUGGAUCGUCGUGUGACCUUAACGAGUCAAUCUGAGUAGUUCAUCAUCAAAAACAAAGGCGGAAUCAAUGUAAUUGAUGUCAAACAACUUGUUUUCCUUUAAUUUUCUUCUUAUAUUGAUUUCCUGAGCUUUUACAAUUCUGAUAACAAUUCAGCAGCACCUCGGCUCUCAAACAAUAACUUCUAAUUCUGUAUGAAAUGACACAGGCACAACAGUAUUUAUAGGCGUCUUAAUUCCGCAUGAAAUCAUCUCAAGCGAAAU